GUGCAAGAGGGAUUUUUUGGACUUUGACAAACAACUGUCAACAAAACCUGAAAAAAAGAAAAUAAACAAAUCAAAACAUGUGAACAUCGACAUCAUGGUAUCGUAGCUAACAUUGGGCGAUAAUAAAAGUAAAGUAGCGUUAAAAUCUCCAGUCCGUGUCUGGAAUCAUGAUCAUUGCUCUGCAAACAUUGAUCUUCUUUCGUGAAUCUUUACUUACCGCGCUGGACCGGCUACUUCGGCCGUAUUACAACAGGUUUUCAUUGACCUUCAAUAGGAAUGGCAAUGAUUCUGACGAUGACGAGUCGGAUGAGCAAGUGUUCGCUGAUUAUGAUGAUGAAAAAGGUGUUGUUUUCUAUCCACCCAUGUAUGCCCAGCGUUAUGCGGCAGUCAGUGACUGUCUCCUGGAUGAACGGUGGGUCGGAAAAUUGGAAAAGGUGGCUGACCUAGGACACCAUGACAUGAGUUUCAUCAAGUAUCUUAAAGAUGUCCCUGGGAUAAGACGUAUCUUGGGCGUGGAUAUAGAGACUAUACCAUUGAGAUGUUCCUCAGACUUGCUUGCAUGUGAUAACUAUGUUCCAAGGAGAGAGAAUCCAUUGAAUGUUACUCUGUACCAAGGCAAUGCAGCAGACCCUGACUAUAGACUGAUUGGUUGUGAUGCAGUGAUUGCAAUUGAGAUGAUUGAACACAUGCUACCUCAUGACUUAGACAGACUAGUUCACACUGUAUUUGGUUUCAUAAAACCGUGGGUUGUGAUUUUCACCACACCGAAUGGUGAUUUCAAUGUACUCUUUAAGUCCUUAGAAAAAAAUGGGUUGAGGAGGCUGGAUCAUUUUUUUGAAUGGUCUAGAGAGCAAUAUCAUGAUUGGUGCAGUAACAUAGUAGUGAGAUAUCCGCAGUAUACAGUGACUUGUAAAGGCAUAGGCCCAGGUCCACCAGGCACAGAACAUAUAGGCUGUUGUACGCAAAUGGCUUUGUUCAUAAGUAAGGACUAUCAGAAACAACAAGACUUGACCAUUAACAGCCUGGCUUUGGUUGCGAAUCCUCCAAGUCAAAAUAAUAUAAGUGAUGAAAUCAACAACUGGGAUUUAGCAGAACUUAUCACAGAAAACAAUAUGAUUUGUCCGCCAAGCAACAUGGAAUCCUACACAGAACUGCUUUUGUCCAACAAACAGUCACGAAUUACAAUAAUGAUAACAACUCCUGAUUAUUCCAUUGAAUCAAUCGGUUAUCAAGACAAAACAUCACAGUGUAACUUAGAUACAGAGCUUGGGAGAAGUUACCUUAUGUUUGAUGAUGAGCAAAUGUGUUUCAAUGUGUUGGUGCCUAGAAGAAAGUUUGAUAACAGAGUUUAUGAGAUAGAAGAUGUUGCAAGCAGACUUAAUUGCACAACACUACAAGUUAAGAAAUUCUCAAAAGCGACCCAAAAUUUAAUGGCAAGAAACAAAUCGGACUCUUUACUUCAUACUCGGGAAGUUGUGAAUGAGAUUCGCAAUUUGACUAAAAUGCUCAAUUUUAAUAAGGAUAGUCCGAAUCGAGAAGCAGAUGAAUCUCACCCUUGGUGCAAUAUAAAUUGGGGCGAGAAUGCGCCGUAUUGGAACCAAUAUUAUAAAAUAGUCAGAGAAUACAAUUAUCCUUUUGAGGUAAAAUCCGACGACUCUCGCAUGCUGGAUCUGAUAUCAGAGGAGAUAAACAGUCUCGUAGACACUCAGUAUGAUGAUGAGUAUUCUUCGGAUAUGAACAAACUGGAGAUACCGCUGCAGUACCUCAUGAAAGUGGUUUCACACAUCACCGAUGACGUCGACAGGGUCAAGGAUCUUUUAGAGUGGAACGGAUAUGAGAUCGUGGAUGAAAUGGUGAUCCACACGAGGCUGGUGGACACCGCGUCCGUCGCCACCUACGAAGAAGAAUGGCAGGACGACACACUAUCUGAUUGCGAUACAACCGAUUUCCAUUCCACUACUAUGUCUGACGGAAGUACCGUCAUGCCGGAUUAUCACGGUCGCUGUCUCCGUCGCGCUCUCGACCACAAGCUGCGCAGACUCCGCUCGAUGCUCACGGCCGACGAGGACAUUAGCUCGGAGCUGGACCGAGUGGUCUGCAGGCUCAUGAAGCUCGCCCUCCGCACGAGCAAGGGACGCGACACCGCACCACCCACAAGGUGGAUGCAGACCAAACUGCUUGACUUGCUAACGUUGACUGAGAAGUCUAUCGAUAGAAGAAAGAGGCAUUUUAUUGAGACCUACCCGCUGAAAGAGGUUGAAUUUGAUUCAGAAUUAAAGAAAGAGGAAAUAGAGUUUGACAAGAUUAAAGAGGAUCACACGGCAAAAGAAAUUGUAAAUAAAUAUCGUCAUUUAGUUCAUGCUUUAGACGAGCCUGCCAAAUACGAAGGACAUUCUAGUCCCAAAUACGGUAAUAUAGAUUUAGAGCUAGAAGACGAAUUGAGUGAAAUUAGCGAUUUUGAAUAUAUCAAUAGACCAUCGCCUGAUCUUGUUUAUUCGGAUGAUAGAAUAAAGGAAAGUAACGAUGAACUACAACCUGUUGAAUUCGACAUAACACUAGAGAGAACGCAAGCGUGGAUAGAAGAAGAGAAUAUUGAAGUUGUCCCAUAUCCAAAUCAUGAUUAUGGCAAUACAUCUGAUGAUAGCAAUAAUAUUAUUGACAAAACAUUUGGGAAUAAAUAUAAGAAUACAAGCAAAAGGUAUAGAGGCUGUAAUAAGAAUGCUGACUUUGGCGUUGUACCUUAUAAGAAAGUACUCCAACAAAAGAAAAGUCAAAAUGGAAAGAAUAAUAAAGAGAAAAUCAAAAGUGUUAAAGUGAUAAAGAAGUUGACACAAAAGAAAUCUAGCUAUAGUAGUUUACUAAAAAGUUCAAGUAGUAGAUAUUUGACGAUUAAAAUUAGCAGCCGAAAGGUAAAACCGAAGAAAUAUAAAGAAGUGUCUCAAAUAAACUAUAAUCGUACAGAUUCAAAUAUAAGCUGUCAUGAAGAUGAAACAAUCGGCAACAAAAAAUAUUAUUUAGAAACAUCUGCAAUGAACGACUACAAGGGAGAUUAUGUUUCCUCACAAGUCGAUUAUAACAUAUCUGCAACUGAAGAAAGUUGUUUUAUCGGUAUAGUUAUGGACGGCGUUGAGGAAACUAUAGCUCUUCAUCGAACUAUAGGAACCGAUGCGGAGGUAGACAUAAUGGACAUGGAGAAUGAAACUUUAAUUCACGAUAUUGAUAACGAUUUAAAAGGUUUUUACAUCAGACCCGAAGUAUCAACGGAAAAUGUUCAAUCCCAAACCAUAUUCUUAAAUGAUAUAAAUGAGCCUAGUACAUCAAAAGGAAUUCGCCAUGGUGUUAACACCGAUGUCCAGUGUGGUACCGAUAUUUCUGCACCAUUUCCCACAUUAUCAGCGACAACAUCAUUCUCGAGAUUACCUAAAACAUGUAACAACGGCAUUAAAAUUGGUGAUUCAAUCACUAAUGUCCAAGUUACCAGCACAGAAUUUGGUACAUGCACAUAUGAAUGUGAUGUGUAUGGCACUCUUACUUUAAGGAGGCCGUCGCCAGGUAUUCGUAUCCAAGAUUCAGAUAAAUGUAUUGCCGAAAAAACUGAGUGCUCUACAAUGACUCAAGCAGUACCUAUUCCAGUAAAUGAAGUCACACCAAACUACGGACCAAAUGAAACCAAGUGCUUAAAGUCAGUUGCGAGUAAUAUGAAAAACGAAGAUUCCAGUUCUGAAUUUUGUGGAAGUGUGUAUAGCUUCCCGAAGAGUCUGUGUAUUUAUCCAAACUCAAUCAACACAAGUGAAGUUCAGAUCAAAACAUCACUCACCAAAGAAGUAGAUGUAUCAGAAGUUUUAUCAGUCACAAAGUAUGUUAGACCUAAAUUAAGUUGUGGUGGCGUUCACAUUCAUGCUUAUAGAGAUAAACAAGUUUCCGAAGAUGUUGUUUUUCAAGGCGAUUGGCAAAAAUAUAGACCUAAAACCCACGUUAAAAGAAAACCAUUAAAUUCCUUCGUAGUUAAAAAAGGAAUCGAACCGGGAAUAAAGAGAAGAAAAGUUAACUCUAAGGAGAAAAUCUCUAAUACAGUUACAAUACACAUUAAACCAGAUUUCAAAAAACCAGUUUACCUGUUUGCUGUCAAUAAUACUAAGCCAAAACAGGAGAAGAAGAAGGAAGAAAAAGUGAUCGUACGUAAUACUUCUUCUAAAACAGUUAGACCCAUUAAGGUCGCUUCUAAAUUAAAUGUGAGUUCAAACGCUAUGAAAAUACCCAAAGUAACAUUUGCAAAAAAGAUUGUCGCUGUGUCUUCUGCUCCUGUCAAAAAAGACAAUGAUAAGAAACCAACAAUUUUAAAGAAAAAUUAUAUACCUGGUUAUUUAAGAAAAAAAGAUAAUACAUUACCUUUGUGUAAUAAACAAUGUUUGAAUUCAAGCAUUGAUACAGUAAAAACGACUAUAAAAGAAAAUGAAAUAUUAUCGCUUUCCAACGCACCGCCUUUAAUAAGGUCUAAAACCGAAGAAAUUAAGAGAAAUUUAUUAAAGUUUAAUUUGCCACCACGAGGAAAAGUUGAGUACAUGGUUUUCCACAAUGAAAUCGAUAAUAAAAGCGGCACGUCGAGUAAUCAACCAAUAGCAAUUACUAAAAAUUAUAAUAGAAGGGAUAAUUCAGAGAAAAAACCACAAAGUCCUCAGUCACAAAAUAGUUCAACAUGUUCAUCUCCCAGUAGCGUCGCGACCGUGAGAAUAACUACGAAAAAAAUUAAAAACUUAUCAAGUAGGAGGAAUUCUACAUCCUCAAAUAAAUGUAACAGUGCAAGUGGUUCAGGGACACCUUCGCCUACUCGACCUAAGAAAUUUACUAAAAGAUGUAAAAGUGCUAAAAAAGUUGAUGAUUACGUGAUUAAUAACAAAGAAAACAUUCCAGAGUCCGCUAGAAAGUGCAAUCUAAAUAAGGAAGUCGAUAAAACUGGAAAGACUGUAUUUUUGGGUAGCCAUAAAAGUGUUUACAUAGCACAAUUAACAACUGAUAACAAAUCUUCUGUAAAUACUAGUUCAAAGUCUAGGACUCAUUCAAAUAAAUCUAACAUCAAAAUACCAAAAUCUGAAGCAUGGAACGACAAGCAAAAAUCUUCGAGUUCAUCUAUUAUACAAAAACCGCAGAAUGAUGUUAUUUAUAGCCAAGUAGGUUACUCAGAAAAUCAAAUUUUAAUAUCAAAAUCAAGUGUUGUCACUCGAAAUCUUGAGAUCAACAAUAUAGAGAUUAAAGAAAAAGUUAUCAAAGACAAAGUUGUUAAAAAUAAUGUAGAAAAUCGUACAGCUAUUUUUGAAGGUGAUAUGACUACAAGCAAAUCUAUUAUUGAAAGUUCCAAAAUAAGUCUCACUAAAGCUAUUGCCGUAAAAAAAUCGAUGCAAAAUAAUACCACUAAUUUAAGCAAAGAUAACGGGAAUAAAGGCAAAAAAUAUUAUUCCAAAAAUCUUGGAUCUACAUCGAAACCACCUAAAUCUACGGAUGAAAUGAACACUGAUACUGCAAUUGAUAUUACGAAUAGAGGCACAUGUGACUAUUCUAACAGUAACAUUACUAAAACAAUUAAAGAGAUUAUUGAGGACUCCUUAGACUUCAUCGACAAACCUUUUUAUGAUGACAGCUCAUUUGAUUCCGCAACAGUAGUAUUAAGCCUCGAUGAUGUAAAUCCAAGUUAUGAUGAUUGUGCCUCUCUAGCAAGUUUUAAGACUAUUGAUACAAACGAUGACUAUUUCGAGUCCAUAAUUGAAAGUGAUUUGGAGAAUGCUUUAAAUCGUACAUUAGAUUCUACAAUAGGCGAGGAAUCUGUCAUAAAUUUGGCUGAAACAAGUUUCACAUUGACCGAUGUUGAUUUACUAUCAUUCAAAUCAGUACCUUCUGUCUCGAAGCUCUCAGAGUAUUUUCUAAAUAAUAACGAAUUCAAGAUUGAUACGACCGAUAAUAAUACUUUCCGUGAGUUAUUUGAGAGGAAAGAUUUGCAAAUGAAUCAGGUGAAAUUAGGCGGUGUUCUGGCUAUCCAAGCAUUUAGUGGAUUUUCUAUCAAUGUUGAACCCGUCGCUGGCGACCAACCAGAUCAUGUGAAUUUUAUAGAUUCAGAGACCGCAAGCCUUACAUUGGAAUUUAACAGACAGGCUACUUCGGAAGAGUUGUUUGUGUCGGGACGGUCGUCAGAUAGUUACGAAUCUUGCCUCAUCGAUGAAGAUGCGGUUGUCCCAAAUUGGUUGUUCCAAAUUAUUAGUCAACAACAAUCUGCAAAUGAACAACCUGAACAAAUGGAAUUAAUUGAUCCCCUGCCACUUGAUAUGUCGGAGCCACUGGCCGAGCCUUUGUACGAUGCUAAUGGAAAUCUAGUGGAGCCAGGAGUGGGUGCAGGCGCGGGUGCGGGGGACGGUCGUGGGAUCCACAGCGACCAAUCACAGGACAGCUCUGGCAGGGGAUCCUCGCUCAGUUCUAGUAAUACCUCUUCGGAACCACGAAGCGAGGCUAUUAUAAUCGAUCCAUCAGCAUUUACGACACAAUUUGAAUUUCUGGGAGAACCUUUAAGCAGUGGUUCUAUGGCAAAUCCCAUUUUGAAUCCCGCAACUGGACAAUUGGAAAAUUUAAUGAGAGUUGACGAAGUUCCAGAAAACGAAGUCAUCACACUAAGAGUACCCACCGAAGGUCCCGCUGGAGUUCAGAUGGUGGCGAGUGACGGUGACGCGGACGUCAGCUCCUUAGAUACAGACGUGCCAGAUUCCUCAGACAAUUGAAAUAUUUCAUUUGCAUGCAAUCAAACUUUUCUCUGAUA